AUGGCCGAAAAACGUGUCAAUACAGCAUCGUCGGCCUUGCCCGAGCCUGGAGAGUCUUGGACGUUCUCCCUAUAUGUUGCCUUCAUUGCUCAUUUCGUCUACUGGAACAGGCAGGACAUCAUGAAUAACCUUCCUGGCUCUCUUGCACUGCUCUUCCUGGCCGCACUACUAUAUUUCCCAUUCCCUGGCAUUUCCGUCACCUUCGUACUUCAUAGAGUGCCGUUAUUUUUCACACUCUCCGCUUUAGUAGCGGCUGGAAUGCCAAAACUUCGUCUGGCUGAAACUGGCGACUCUGGGGGUUUCUUCGGAGCGCUACCCACGAACUCCGAAGGACUCUCUGACUUGUUGGAAGUCACCGUCUCACGCCGGGCCUCGGGCUUCUCGGAUGGAAGUAGCGGGAACAAUGGGUUCCAAGUGCUUCCGGGAGUUAUUCGCGCUUUUGAUCCCGACAUGUUUCGCCAUUUCAGCGGGCCCGGGCCGUUGAAGGCUCAGAGCGACCGUUCAUCUGACAUUGCUCUGUCACAGACGGGACGAGUCAGUCCACCAUCCUCAUGGGACUCUACCACCCGAGCCUUUUGGAGUUCCAACGAUGGGUCACUUCAAUGCUAUGGAAACCACCCAAGAUCGCGUCCCGGAAGUCCUUGGCGUCCUCACACCCACGGCGGAAGCCAGAGCUGUACCUAG